UUUAAAAUUAUAUAAAGAGAUAUUAAGGUACAGCGACAAAUUAAAAUAUACUAAUAGAGAAUAUUUCUCAAAUCGGAUUAAAGCAGAAUUUAAAAAAAAUAAGAACCUCUCCGACCAGUCAGAAAUAGAAUUCCAGUUCCAGAAAGGCGCAAUACUGUUAAUGAGAAAAAGUGUUUUGUGAUGGCAGUUACUCGAGUAAUAUUAUACCUUGCAAAGAAACAUUUUUCGUCAUUUAAAAAAAUGAUUGAUUACUCCAGAGUUCCUACAGUUAAGGCGGAUGAUUUAAAAGAACAAUUUGUAAGGGGCUCAGGACCGGGUGGCCAAAAAAUCAACAAAACUGCAAGUUGUGUGGUGUUAAAACAUAUUCCAACAGGAAUAGAAAACACUCCAAUGAUUUUAAGAAAUACAAUACAAAAUACAAAUAACAAAAGCUUUAAAUUUGACAGAAAAUAUUAUUCAAUAAAACACAUGAUUGAUUAUUCUAAAGUACCUAAAUUAGAACAGAAAGAUCUAGAAGAACAACACAUUAAAGGAUCUGGACCAGGAGGCUCAAAAAUUGCAUCCACUUAUAAUUGUGUCUUAUUAAAGCAUAUUCCAACAGGAAUUGUCGUAAAAUGCCAAGAAACAAGAUAUUUGGAGCAAAAUAGAAAAAAAGCCUUGGAGUUACUAACUACAAAACUGGAUAAUUUACUAAAUGGGCCAGAUAGUAUCGAAUCCCAAACCAAAAGUCUUCUUCAAAAGAAAAAGAACUCAAACGAUCAAAAGAAGGAAAAAUUAAGGAAACUAAAAGAAGAGUGGAAAGACAGGGAAAAUAUAACUUGA